AUGACAUGACACCUUAUAAAAGCAUAAAACCAAUCACUAUCGCAUCGCAUCGCAUCCACUCCCAUCCAAUUAUUACUUUCUUCUUCAAUCUUUAAUUUCCCAAACAAUGUCCAUCUCCGAAAUCUCACCCGAAUCCCACAGGAUUCAGUUGGUGUCUCGCUCUGUCUCCGACCGCCUGCUCUCCAAAUACUACGAUGUCUCUGAAUUCAACUUCGACUACUCCCAGAGCGCCCUCUGGUCUCCCCUGGUCCAACGAAGAGCGUUUCUGAGCUCGCCAGACGACCUCAGAAACGCCAACGCUAGAAGAAGAUCAUCCGCCCUCUCUUUCAACGUCGACAUGCUUGUGUGCUCCCAUGAGAUGCUGAAUACUACUCGGAUUCGGAGAUUGCGCCUUCUCUUCUACAUCAGACAACUACUCUGCAACUCAACAUAAUCUCUACAUCCAUAUAUUUAUAUAGUAGUAGUAUGGUAGUGAUACUUAAUGUAACAGUAGAGAGACAACAACCAUUGCUCUGGUUAUUCUGGUUAUUUGAAUGUUAAGCUAUAUUGAUAUUAUUUUCGUGUUCACGUCACGAUUUGAAUUUUCGAAUA